UGGUCUAGAAUCUCACAUGACCGCCUCAAAGUUGGUCAUGUGACUCAGUCCUACUGUAAAGAGUUUUAAUCAUUCCACCUGGAGUUCCUUCGUAUCAGGGCCCCAAAUUUAGCCCUUUUCCACGGAACCGAUAGGAGAAUGAGGCUGUUGAGUGAAACUUUGAGUUUCUUGUUACUCUGGGUCUGUCUGGACUCUGCGACUUCCCGGAGCUGCUCGUCGUUUUUUUGCCGAAAAUCUCACCGUGUCAGCGGCCUGAAUGGAGUCGACCCCGGCUCCCCUCUCUUCCUCACACCUUAUCUGGAGAAGGGAGCCAUAGAUGAAGCCAGGAAACUGAGUCUGGUUGGAAAUCUGCCUGGAGCAAACGUCAAGAGUUAUGCCGGAUACCUCACAGUUAACAAAAAAUACAACAGCAACCUCUUCUUCUGGUUUUUCCCGGCACUCCUGACAGACAGAGAGAACGCGCCUGUCCUCCUCUGGCUGCAAGGCGGACCUGGUGGCACCUCCAUGUUCGGUCUUUUUGUGGAACAUGGACCUUAUGUGGUGUACAAGAACCUGACAGUUGGGUUGAGGGAUUAUGCUUGGACAAGCAGAUAUUCAGUAUUGUACAUUGACAACCCGGUUGGAACAGGCUUCAGCUUCACUGAUGAUGACAGAGGUUUUGCUCAGAACCAGGAUGACGUUGGCAGAGAUCUGUACAGUGCAUUAACACAGUUCUUCCAGAUCUUCCCGGAGUAUCAGUCUAACGAGUUCUACACCACUGGAGAGUCAUAUGCAGGGAAGUAUGUUCCUGCUAUUUCUUAUUACAUCCACAAAAACAACCCCACGGCCAAGGUGAAGAUUAACUUUAAGGGCAUGGCUAUUGGUGAUGGGCUCUGUGAUCCAGAACUGAUGCUGGGUGGUUAUGGUGAGUUCCUGUAUCAAACUGGAAUGAUAGAUGAAUUCCAAAAACAGUAUGUGGAAAAGCAGACAGACUUCGGUGUUGAACUUAUCCAGCAGCAGAAAUGGGUGGAAGCUUUUGAGGUGUUUGACAGUUUGCUAAAUGGAGAUUUGAACCCAUAUCCCUCCUUCUUCCAAAAUGCUACAGGCUGCACCAACUACUUUAACUACAUGACAUGUCAGGAGCCUGAAGACCAGGAGUAUUUCUCCCAGUUUGUGACCAUGCCAGCGGUACGACGUGCCAUCCACGUCGGCAACCUGACGUUCCAUGAUGGCUCAGAGGUGGAAAAGCACCUCCUGCAGGAUGUCAUGAAGAGCAUUAAACCAUGGUUGGGGGUGCUGAUGGACAACUACAGGGUCUUGAUCUACAGUGGUCAGUUGGAUGUGAUUGUAGCAGCUCCUCUGACUGAGAGAUUCCUGCCUACUGUCAACUGGACCGGGGCUGCGGAGUACAAAACCGCCCCCCGCUUCCACUGGAAGGUUCAGCCCACUGACACAGAGGUGGCAGGUUACGUCAAACAAGUUGGAGAGUUUUACCAGGUCAUAAUACGAGGAGGAGGACAUAUUCUGCCUUACGACCAGCCAGCAAGAUCUUUUGAUAUGAUUGACAGAUUCUUGUCGACGCAGAGCUGGAAAUGAAAGAGACUGGUUCUGAAAUACAGUUGAUUGACACACACAGGCCUCAUUGAACAUGUUGAUUUGAAAGAUUAUUGAUUGUAACAAGCAUCGUAAACUAACACUUACCUGUAUUUUUUUUAUUUCUUAACAUUUUAGCUGAGGAAACAUUUGAUUUUUGUACUCAAAUCUGCUUUUCAAUGCACCACAGCAGAAUCACUUUAAAUUCUGUUUAAAUCCAGACCUUGAAAUUGUGUUGUUUUUUUUUUUUGUUUUGUUUUUUUGUUUUUUUAGUGUGUUGAAAUGACUUGAAAUAAAGUUGCUUUUCUACUUGA